CUCAGUCCACUCGCCCUAUACUCACGAUCGUUGCACGAUUAUACCCUCAGGCUGUGGACGGAGUCCAGGAGAGUAGCAGAGGAAAAGGCGCGUCAGAAGGCAACUCGCAGGAAGCAGGUAGUGGAGGAGGAGAACAGGAAGAGGGCGACG